AUGACGAGGAAAUCAGUGGUGUCACGCCGCGGCGUCGUGUGGCUCGGAUGGAAGCUCGUUAUCGCUUUCUCCGUCUCCCUAUGCCUUCUCGCUCUCCUCAGGAUUCAACUUCAGUACCGUUCCGUCGCGACAUUGACGCCGCUUUCCGUUGCUGGAUCUCGUAUCACGACGCUUGGUGAAUACUUUGGAGACCGUCCGAAGGUUGCGUUCCUUUUCUUAGCUCGGCGUGAUCUCCCUCUUGAUUUUCUGUGGGAAAGUUUCUUCAAGGGUGUUGAUCAGGCGAAUUUCUCUGUUUAUAUACAUUCAGUACCUGGUUUUGUGUUCAAUGAGGAAACCACGAGAUCAAAGUAUUUCUAUAAUCGACAGUUGAACAAUAGCAUAAAGGUACUAUGGGGAGAAUCUAGCAUGAUUGCAGCUGAGAGAUUGUUGUUUGCUUCUGCUUUAGAGGAUCACUCAAAUCAAAGAUUUGUUCUUCUCUCUGACAGAUGUGCUCCCUUAUAUGACUUUGGCUAUAUAUACAGAUAUAUUAUCUCUUCACCAAGGAGUUUUGUGGAUAGUUUUCUUCAUACAAAAGAGACACGGUAUAGUGUGAAUAUGUCUUCUGUCAUACCUGAAGAGAAAUGGCGAAAAGGUUCCCAGUGGAUAUCUGUGAUCAGAAGUCAUGCAGAGGUCAUUGUUAAUGAUGGUAUCGUAUUCCCAGUUUUUAAGAAAUUUUGCAAGAGAGCUCCACCUUUAGGUUCCCAAGAGGCAUGGUUGUUUUUUAGACAGAACCGGCGCAAUUGUAUCCCUGAUGAACACUAUGUGCAAACAUUGCUUACGAUGCGUGGACUAGAGAGUGAGAUGGAACGAAGAACACUGACAUACACUGUAUGGAACGUUUCGGGUUCAAAAUAUGAAACCCAGUCUUGGCAUCCCGUCACUUUCACAUUUGAAAACUCCGGCCCUGCUGAAAUAAAGGAGAUAAAGAACAUAAACCAUGUCUAUUACGAGACUGAAUCACGAACAGAAUGGUGCAAGGCGGACUCAAAACCCGUCCCAUGCUUUCUAUUUGCAAGGAAAUUCACUGAAUCAGCUGCAAUGCGUCUUGUGAAGGAAGGCCUAAUAGGAUCGUCUAAAAACAUAACCUUAUAA